CGUGAAUGCAAUUUUGCUGAAAUCUGCGCCCUAGCGGUAUAUAAGGCAUCCCCAAACUCAAGUAGCGUCAGUUUACGAAUUUCCUUCAGUAUUUUUGUACCCGAAUUGUAGUGUUUGUAGUGAAACUAUGACCGCACAGAAGAUCUUAGCUUUCGCAUUGCUUGCCGCCCUCCUCGCGAUUUUGAUGAGCGGAAACGUCGCGGAAGGACGCUACUUGCCCACGAGAGGAAAUAGCGACAGACUGGACAAACUCAAAGAGCUACUAAAAGAACUCCUGGAAAACCAAAUAGAAAAGGAGGAAUACCAACAGGAUGGCCCUCCCAGGUGGCACCCCGAAAGCAAGCUCUUCUACAAGCGCGAGGUACCCAACAAGCCCUAGAAGAGAACGCACCCAACCUCCCCAGCAAUGGCCACGGACAAGAUUCAAGUGAUAUUUUAAUACUCACCCUUUACAGAUUGUAUAAAAAAAACACCCAUCCCCUGAAUGUCUCCAAUAUAGUCUUUAGCUGGUGACGCUUAGAAGUCAAACGUGACAAUAACGUUUGUUUAACUUUUAUAAACUGUUACAAAAAAACUCAAAACUAAAAAGGUAAAAAAGCAAUAUAGAAUAUAGCAAUUGUAAAAUAUUUAAAGAAUUUUGAAUAUCUACAUGUGUCUUAAAUAUCAAGAAUAAAUGUUGGUACCUAAUUGAA